ACAGGCCACAGAGACCGAGAUCAGCCACCGCAGGUGACGCUGAGAGGCACCAUUGUCGGCCUUGGCAUUGGGACGUUGAUUCUCCUCUCAAACUUCCAGUUCGGCCUCCAGACCGGCUGGGUCUCCAUGAUGUCUCUCCCUGCCGCAUUGCUGGCGUUCUCCAUCUUCAAGGUCACCGAGUCGUCGUUCUUCCGGCUGUCCUACCCGUUCUCCCCACAGGAGAACGUUUACGUGCAGAGUGUCGCCGUGGCCGUGGCCACAGGCCCGUUGGCGUACGGGUUCAUUGGAAUUGUGCCAGCUAUUGAGAAGCUACUCACGCCCGAGGAGUCUGGGCUCGUGCAGGACAUGCAGCUGCAGCUCUCGGAGACCUUCGACGUGUUCAAGCCGUGGUGGAAACUACUGAUCUGGAGUUCUGGCCUCGCCUUCUUUGGUGUUUUCUUUGCAAUCCCCUUGCGGGAAGAGUUCAUCAUUAGACAACAGCUCAAGUUCCCCAGUGGCAGCGCCACCGCCACGCUGAUCAGCGUCUUCCACCGCUUCCCUCUAAGAAUAAUACCUGGAAUAGAGAGAAACAAGAACAUAAAUGACAGAGAGGACAGACAGCUAGAAAGAGAAAUAGUCGACGAAUUCGAUUCUAACAACGUCGAAACAUUGCAGAACUCGCCAGUGGAAAACAGCCAGCUGUAUUUGGAGUCUCCCAUCAGGGAGUCGUACUCGAGGGAUAUUACUCUUCUUCUCUUCACCGCACUCUUCUCCUCGGCAUAUACCUUGACCAGCUACUUCGUCCCGCAGAUUAGGACGAUCCCGAUCUUUGGAACAUACCUUUCGGAAGAGUACCUCAUCAACUUCACGCCGUCGCCAGCCUAUGUCGGACAAGGCAUAAUUAUGGGUUUUGAUACAACAUGCGGCAUGAUGGUCGGAAUGGUACUAGGAUGGUGCAUCCUUUCACCCUUUGUCAAGUACAUGGGCUGGGCUCCAGGGGAGACAGGAAGUUGGAAAGACGGUGCCGAGGGCUGGAUCAUGUGGGUCAGUUUGGCAAUCAUGAUUGCAGACUCCUUGGUUUCAUUGGGGUUGAUGGCUUACAAAUCCACCAAAUCCUUCUUCACCUCACGCAGGAAUUCUUCCUCCUCACUCCAGCAGACCCUACACAGUGAGAACGAUGAAGAAUAUUCGAACGAAAAUGGUGGCCACCGGUUGGACUCAGAAUCCUACUCAAGUGUUGAAAGCGCCUCUAAUUCGACACAACCUUCAAAUAUAAUCAGAAAUGGACUGGCGUUUUUCAACAAAGAGGUGAGUUUGGAAACAAACAAUGAAGAAUCAAUUCAUCCACUUACACCUACAAUCGGACUACUUCUCUGCUGUCCGUUGUUGGUUUUCUCCAUGAAGAUUGUUUUCAAAGGUAUCAUACCUUCGUGGCUACUUCUACUUACUAUUCCUGUAUCAUUGAUUCUCUCGCUUGUCGGGGUCAAAUCGUUGGGUGAAACUGAUUUGAACCCUGUCUCUGGAAUAGGGAAACUUUCUCAGCUACUCACCGCUCUGGUUGUUCCCUCAUCUAGACCAGGGGCAGUUCUUAUCAAUUUGGUCGUUGGGGCAGUUUCCGAGGCCACUGCUCAACAAGCCGGUGAUUUGAUGCAAGACUUGAAAACUGGAUAUCUUUUGCACGGGUCCCCACAAGCUCAGUUUAUAGCACAGAUCUUUGGCAGCAUAUGGGGGGUUUUAGUUGCUGCUCCAAUGUAUCGGUGGUACGAUAGAAUUUACCAGAUCCCAGGACCUUUAUUCAAGAUUCCAACGGCCUUCAUCUGGAUUGAUUGUGCAAGGUUAGUCAAUGGACAUGAACUACCUGAAAAAGUUGGUUCAUUUGUUAUAGCGUUUGGUGUCCUUUUUUUGAUUUUGUCAUUUAUUCGUGGUACAAUUGACAAGGAUAAUAAGUAUUACAAAUUCAGCCGUUGGGUGCCAAGUGGUGUUGCUGUUGGAAUUGGUAUUUACAACACUCCAUCUUUUACAUUUGCACGGUUUUUGGGUGGCUUGAUAAGUUGGUAUUGGUUGAAGAGGUUACGGGGCAGCACCUAUGCCAUAGCAAAUCCAACAGUUUUCGAAGAUGGCAAGGUGAGUUUGAUUAUUUUCAGUAGUGGGCUAGUUCUCGGUGAAGGACUGUUUAGCGUUGUCAAUAUGAUGCUAACCAGCUUUGGGGUUCCUCAU